AUGCAAGCGGCGAUAUCAGAUCGCAAUACAUCGCAGAAUCUGUUUGAUUUGCAUGGAAAUGGAAUAGUCUACGUUCCUCAUUCAGCCGACCAUGAAGCCUUCGUGCCGGAGUUCGAGUAUGCCGCAGAAGUCCUGGCCUCGCCGGAUAUCUAUCUAACGUCAUAUGACUGUACCGUGAUAUACGACGAAUCAUUCGACUUCUGUGGAAGCAUGUUGGGGAGUACAGAACCUGCCAUGUUCCUUCUAUACCAGGGCCAUACCAGCUCACCCACCGUCUAUGACGGGCCUAGGCAGACUGCAAAAGACAUCAUUUCGUACAUGACAAAAGAAAAGCGGGCAGUAUCUUCAUCUUCAUCUUCAUCUUCAUCUUCGCCGUCGAGCUCAUCAUCUACGCAAGUACGUACAAAGCCUAGCAAGACUCCUCUUCCAAAACCAUCGCCAAACUCCACGGCUGGUAAUGCGGUGUGGCUAGCCGGCAACGGCUCCCGUGCUUUGGCAAGUUGGUUAUUCCUGGAUUAUUGGAUUCCUCAGCUACUACGGUAUUUUGAGCAAGGAGGAGAAGCUCACAGAACGACUGGAAAACGACCGAAAGAUGUCACUUUCGUWCGACAUCGACUACAGAAUCUGCUACAUCCCCCCAGCAGAAUCGCACCGAGCGAUGAAGAUAUGACCGUAGUGGCGAAUUUCAUCGUGAAAGAGCCGAACGUGUCUGGAGACUUUGAACACGGUUUCAAGAAGCGUUGCUCGACAAAGGUUUCCGAGAAGACGCUUCCGUCUUCGGUGGAGAAAAGGCACACGAUCCUACGCCUGACUAUUCCGUUAUAA